AUGGUUGUUGAUCAAGAAAAGCUCGCGAAGCUGCAAAGCGCUGUGCGCACAGGUGGUAAGGGUGCUCCACGCCGCAAGGUGGUGAAGAAGCCUAAGGGCGCUGUCGCCGGUGGCGAAGACCCGAAGCUGCAGGCUGCUCUGAAGAAGCUGGCCGUUCAGCCUCUCACUGGUAUUGAGGAAGUCAACAUGUUCAAGGCAGACGGCAAUGUCCUUCACAUCGAAGCCCCCAAAGUGCACGGAGCUGUGGCAUCCAACACAGUUGUUGUACACGGCAAGGCACAGAGCAAGGAGCUCACGGAGCUUGUACCUGGCAUCCUGAGCCAGCUUGGUCCAGAGUCGCUUGCAAGCCUGCGCAAGCUUGCUGAAAGCUACCAAGCCCUUAGCCAGCAGCAAGAGUCCGCGCAGAAGGGUGCUGACGCUGAGGGUGUGCCAGAAGUGAGCGGUAACUUUGACGAGGUCGAGCAGCAGGAGAAGGCACCCGCGUCGACAGAAGUGGACCAGCUCGACUAA